AUGUCACGUCGAAUACUGGUGACCAGCGCACUACCCAACGCCAAUGGGCCUAUCCAUCUUGGCCAUAUGCUGGAGCAUGUCCAGACCGAUAUCUGGGUACGCUUCCAGCGCAUGCGCGGCCAUGAAGUCAUUUAUGUGUGUGCGGACGAUACCCACGGCACUGCCACUAUGAUCCGCGCCGAGGAAGAAGGUGUGGAUGCCGAAACGCUGAUCGAAAAGAUGCGCCUGGAUCAUCUGCAGGACUUUAAUGGUUUCAACAUCAGCUACGACAACUACUACAGUACGCAUUCGGAUGAGAACCGCUAUUUUUCCGAGCUGAUCUACAAUCGUCUGAAAGACAAGGAUCUGAUUUUCACCCGAAGCGUCGAGCAGUUGUACGAUCCGGAGAAGCAAUUGUUCCUGGCAGACCGUUUUGUGGUCGGCGAAUGUCCCAAGUGUGGUGAACCGGGUCAGUACGGCGACAACUGUGAAAAGUGCGCCGCAACCUAUGAUGCCACCGACCUGAAAAAUCCCCGCUCAGUGUAUUCCGGCGCCACGCCGGAACUGCGCGCCAGCGACCAUUAUUUCUUUGACCUGCCGCAAUACACCGACUUCCUGAAAAAGUGGACCCGGUCAGGGGCUGUACAACCUGAAGUCGCCAACAAACUGUCUGAGUGGCUCGAUGCCGGCCUGAAAGCCUGGGAUAUUUCUCGCGAUGCACCGUAUUUCGGCUUUGUUAUUCCGGGCACCACCGACAAAUACUUUUACGUCUGGAUGGAUGCACCCAUCGGUUACAUGGCCAGCUUCAAAAACUAUUGCGACAGCAGCAACGAAGUUGUGUUUGACGAUUUCUGGUCGCCGGACAGCACCUGCGAGGUACAUCACUUUAUCGGCAAAGACAUCAUUAACUUUCAUGCGCUGUUCUGGCCUGCGGUUCUGGAUGGUGCAGGUUUCCGCCCGCCGACGCGCAUUCACACCCACGGCUUCAUUACGGUAAAUGGCACCAAGAUGUCGAAGUCACGCGGGACCUUCAUCAAUGCAGCCGAUUACCUUAAGUUUCUUGAUCCGGAAUACCUGCGCUACUACUACGCCACCAAACUGAAUGGUUCGUCCGACGACCUGGACAUCAAUCUGGAAGACUUUGUGCAACGGGUGAAUUCAGACCUGGUCGGCAAAGUUAUCAACAUUGCCAGCCGUUGCGCCGGGUUCAUCAACAAGCAAUUCGAUGGCGUGUUAUCCGAACGCAUACACGAUGAAGAUUUGUGGCAGCAGUUUGUGGAUGCUGAAAAAGCCAUUGCCGGCUUCUACGAAGGUGACGAUACCAGCAAGGCGGUCCGGGAAAUCACCCGCCUUGCAGACCUUGCUAACCAGUACAUUGCCCAGCAUGAACCCUGGAAGCUCAACAAAGACCCCGAACGGCAUGAGGACCUGCAGCUGAUCUGCAGUCAGGCCAUCAACAUGUUCCGCAGCCUGGCUGUUUAUCUGAAGCCAAUCCUGCCGCAAAUGGCGCUGAAAUCUGAGGCUUUCCUCAACGUUGCGGCAUUGCAGUGGUCCGACCACAGUACCCCGCUGCUCGGCCAUAACAUCGGUGCUUUUAAAUCGAUGCUGACGCGCAUGGAGAUGAAAACCGUUGACCAACUUGUUGCAGCCUCCGCACAGGCAAGCCCGAAUGAUGAAAAAUCGCCCGAGGAGACACCUGUUGCCGAGCGUGAGGAAGAUGCACACAUCAGCAUUGAUGAUUUCACCAAAGUGAAGCUGAAAGUGGCCAAAGUGAUUGCUGCCGAACCGGUGGAAGGCGCCGACAAGCUUCUGCAGCUGACACUGGAUGUUGGGGAUCACCAGCGUCAGGUCUUCUCUGGCAUCAAAGCAGCCUAUAACCCAGAGGACCUGGUAGGCCGACUCACCGUUGUGGUGGCCAACCUGGCGCCACGGAAGAUGCGCUUUGGUGUAUCUGAAGGCAUGGUGUUAGCCGCUGGACCCGGCGGUGAGGAGAUCUUUCUGCUGUCCCCGGAUAGUGGCGCACUGUUGGUCAACAACUUUGUGCUGGCUCAAUUUCUAGGCCUCUGCCCUUUCAUGGGCAUUACCCGGGGGUACGACACCGCCCUGGCAACAGGCCUGGCCACCACCUUUGUGCUGACCCUGGCAGCCACGUUGUCCUACCUGCUUUAUCACGGCAUUCUGGUGCCGUUAGAAGUGACCUAUCUGCGCAUCAUCCUGUUUAUCGUUGUCAUUGCCGGCGUUGUGCAACUGGUCAAAUACUACCUUGAAGCCACGUCGCCAAUUCUGCACCAGCUGCUGGGUAUCUAUCUGCCCCUGAUCACCAGCAACUGUGCGGUGCUGGGAGUUGCCCUGCUGGCAGUGAAUCAAUCCCUGACGCUACUGCAGACUAUGGUCUACAGCGUGGGUGCCGCUGGCGGCUUUACCCUGGUGAUGGUGCUGUUUGGUGCCAUGCGCGAACGACUGCAGCACGAGGGCAUUCCGCAACCUUUCCAGGGUGUGCCGAUUGCACUGCUCAGUGCCGGCAUCAUGAGUCUGGCAUUCAUGGGCUUUCAGGGACUGGCCAUUGCGCAAGGGGCCAGCUUGAAUCUCUGCCCCCCUGGCGGACGUUCAGUACACCUGCAACUGAUUGAGCUGAUGGGUGGCACAGAUGAACCGCCCCCACAACAGAAUCCACCUGCGGUUGCCGUGAUUGAUGAAAGCCGAUGUAUCGGCUGCACCCUGUGUCUGCCACCUUGCCCGGUGGACGCCAUUGUCGGUGCAGGCAAUCUCAUGCAUACGGUCAUUGAAGCGGAAUGUACAGGCUGUGAACUGUGUAUACCGGCGACCUGCUCGUCAGCCCACUACCGUGGCCAGACCCCGGGCCUGCAUCAACUGCAGCCGCUGCAAUCCGGAACGGUUGCCAUGACCUAUGUCCUGGGUCUUGGCGUAUUGUGGAAUCUCACCAUUUUAAGUCUGGCUUGCGUGCUGUGCGAGGGUCUCAUCGGAUUUGCGCGGGGCAAAACUACUGCCGACGUCCUGCACCAGCUGCAGGAUUGCAGCGCCCUGGUCACUGCCUGGCUGAUCGCCAUCUGCCUGCCGCCUUUCUGCGACAUAAGCAUCCUGCUUAUCGCUGCGGUUUCUGCCAUUGGUCUCGCCAAACAGGCAUAUGGGGGCCUCGGGCAUAACCUUUUUAAUCCGGCGAUGGUGGGCUACGCUGUUGUCCUGGUGUCAUUCCCCCAGGACCUCGCCAACUGGCCCGGGCUUGCUCAGGCCAGCCCUGAUGCCUUGAGUGGCGCCACCUUGUUAACCGAAUUUCGCUAUCGCCAGGGAUUAACCACCGAAGAAUUUGUAUUUGCCUUUGGCCAGGCGAUCGGCGAUCAGAAACUGAUUGUAUUCAGCUUUCUUAUCGGUGGCCUGCUACUUACUUUUCGUCGGCUCCUGGCCUGGCGGAUUCCAGCAGGUAUGUUUGCCGGGUUGCUGUUAGCCAGCUUGUUUGGAUAUGACGCAGGCUCUUCGGCGAGCCUGGGCUCGCCAUGGUUUCACUGGACGACCGGCGGAUUUAUGGCAGCCGCUUUUUUCAUUGCCACAGAUCCGGUCACCCAUCCUCGCGGAGACCGUCAGCAGAUCAUCUUCGGGCUCACAGUCGGCGCUCUCAUCUAUUUAAUCAGAGGAUUUGGCGUUUAUCCGGACGGCAUCGCGCAGAUCAUGUCUAAAGUCAUGGUCCUGAAAGUAUUCACGCCCCUGCUGAUCAUCGGCGGUCUUUGCGGGGUUUUGCUCAUUCUGACCAAUCAAUUCACAGCGGCAGAUAUUCAGGCCAAUCGCGAGGCGCGGACGCGGGCAUUGCUAGAAGAAAUGCUGGGACAACCGCUGCCUGCGAAAACCAAUAUCGAGGCGGACGUUUUUGGCACUUGUACAACCUGGUUGUUCACCCGCGCCGAAACUGCGGGCUACGCUGGUCCAAUUUACCUUACAGCUCUGUGGCGCGUGGGCAAGGCAUCUGCGGAUACGCAAGGCCUCAGCAUGCGCGUCAUCGCUCAUCGGGAGACGCCAGGCAUUGGCGACUUUAUAGAUCACACACGCAGUCCAUGGAUGACAGAAUUAGACAACACAAGUGCACAGGCAUACGCGCAGUUGGAUGCCGUCAGUGGCGCCACUAUCACCAGCAACGCCAUUAAGCGGGUGUUACGCAGCGCGGUGUUGACCCACAAUCCUGCAUGGGCACAGCUGCUGGGCCUGUGCCCGUUAAUGGCUGUAAGCACAACCGUGGUAAACGCAUUGGGAUUAGCGGCUGCCAGCAGUUUUGUUGUGAUCGGUAGCAACGUGAUGAUUUCUAGCCUGCGCCAUCACAUUCCAGAGCAGGCUCGACUGCCCUGUUUUGUAUUGAUCAUUGCAACGUUUACAACCGUGACCACAAUGGUCCUGGAAGCUUUCAGCUACGAGCUUUACCUGAAAAUUGCCUUGUUUGUGCAGAUCAUUGUCACCAACUGUAUGAUUCUGGGGCGCGCCGAAGCGUUUGCCAGCCGCCAACCCGUCGGCCCAGCCUGUCUGGACGCACUAGGCACCGCGGUGGGCUUUGCCAUCGCACUCAUCGCUCUGGGCAGUGUCAGAGAGUUACUCGCGUAUGGUUCGCUGUUACGGGAUGCCGACCUGCUUUUUGGCCCAAACGCCCAGCAGUGGAGUCUGCAGCUCAUGGAUAUCGGCCCACUGCCGCUGGCGGCUUACGCACCCGGCGCGUUUAUCGUAGCUGGCCUGAUGUUUGCCCUGAUAAAAGCUCUGGGCCGACGAAACCCCACCGCCAGCGCGGAAAACCCGAACCCGACCACUGAACUGAGUUACAACAGCGCCUUUGAGUUGCUGAUUGCGGUGAUAUUGUCCGCGCAGGCCACCGAUGUCAGCGUGAACAAAGCCACCGGUCCUUUAUUCAGCGUUGCCAAUACCCCUGAAGCCAUCUACAGAUUGGGCGUAGGCAAAUUGAAGACGUACAUCAAAACCAUCGGGUUGUUUAAUACCAAGGCAGCCAACGUCAUCAAAACCUGCAAAAUCCUGAUGGACGAAUUCAACAGCGAAGUGCCCGAGGAUCGCGAAAGCCUGGAAAAACUCCCCGGCGUCGGUCGCAAAACCGCAAAUGUCAUUCUGAACACAGCAUUUGGUCACCCCACCAUCGCUGUCGACACACACAUUUUUCGAGUGUCCAACCGCACUAAAAUUGCCAUGGGCAGCAACGUUCUGCAGGUGGAGAAAAAACUGCUGAAAGUAGUGCCCGAGGCGUACAAACGCGAUGCUCACCACUGGAUGAUCCUGCAUGGUCGCUACGUGUGCAUCGCUCGUAAGCCACGCUGCGGCGCCUGUAGCAUCGAAGAUCUGUGUGAAUACAAAGAUAAAACCGACAUUGCCUGA